AUGGUCGGGAAAACAGGUUGGGAUGACUGGAUCAUUUCUCUGACGACCGUGCUGUCAAUCUUGGGUAUGGGAGAAGUCAUUGUCCAAGUUCAGCAUGGGGCGGGUCGGCACAUUGGUGAUAUUCCACCACGAGACAUCCCCACAGGGCUCAUGUUCAAUUAUAUCACUCAGCUCACAUACCUGUAUGGUAUCUGCUUUUGCAAGCUCGCAGUUGGUGCUUCUCUGCUUCGCAUAGCAUCUACCAAGUUUUGGAAACAUUUGGUUCUCGGCGUCAUGAUUUUCGUAUUCACUUACACAACCGCGGGUUUUGUUACCCUGUUGGCUCAAUGCACCGACAUUCGCAUCCUGUGGGACCCGUCAACGAAGGCCACGUGUUGGGCUCCGAGAACUCUUAUGGCCCUAGGCUACACAAAUUUCUCGCUCAACAUCAUCACAGACUUGAUGUUCGCUCUUUUCAUCCCGGUGCCAAUGCUUUGGAAUAUUAACGUCACAAGGCGCACACGCGUUUCCCUUUUUUGUGUGCUCGGUCUCGGCUGCUUCGCCUGCGCCUGCGCCAUCGUCCGUUUCACGUUUCUAGGCACGUAUCGAAAGAAAGAUGACUGGCUUUGGGAUACGCAAAGCCUCACCACAUGGACCGUCCUCGAGAUGAACGUCGGAAUCACCGCGGCUAGUCUGCCGAGCUUGCGACCCUUGUUCAAGAAGGUCCUGGGCAGCAUAUACGGCCCGGGUAGCAAGCUGAGGGGUUAUUAUGCGGGAGGGUCAUCCGGCCGGAUCAAGAAGAACUGGCAGAACCUUUCCGGAAGAAAUGUUGAAAAGCGAAACAGUGCAUACUCCCGACCACUGGACAAUGACGAAGCGUUCUAUGGCUCGGCCGGCCAUAAUACCGUGCAAGGGCUGAACGAGGACCACGGUUCCGAGGAGUCAUUUGAGCUCUUUUUGUGCCCGCCGAUGCAGGACUCGGAUCAGGUCAGAGUCAGCAGGAAUCCGAGUGUGAAAACAUUCGUUGAGGCCAGAAGAAGCCUCGAAGACGGUAUUACGACACCAACAGAUGUACAUGUUAAGGGAAUCACGAAAACCACGAGUACGACGGUUACAUAUCAACUCAAGGAAUCGAGGUUGGCAUAG